UAAACACAACAAAACCUAAAAAAGAUCAAUUUGUUCCAAAACUCAACUCUGCUGAGAGAGAGACACAAACGAAAACAGAACACAAAAAUAUGCAAUCAAAGAUCAUUUCAUUCUUCAAAUCCUCUUCUUCUUCUUCUUCAUCUUCUGCACCCAAAUCCCCAGACCCACCUCCCAUUUUCGAUGAUUUAUUCGGCAAUGAAGACCCAAACAAGAAAGAACCAGAAAUUCGCAUCACCUACCAGCGUAGAACUCCAAACCCAGAUAGUGAAGUGCCAAAGAGCUCUGAUUUGGGGGAUUUGUUGUCAAAACCUGUAUCAACUGUACCUAAGAAAAUUUUAAACAGAAAAAGAAGCUAUGCCCAGUUCCAUUUAGAAUUGGGGCAAUCUGAUUUUCUUCUGCGUACAUGUACCACAUGUGGGUUCAAAUAUGCUGCUGGUGAUGAAGGGGAUGACAAGGUUCACAAUACAUUUCACAAGAAUUACACUCGUGGUAUUCAAUUCAAGGGUUGGCGCAACGAGAAAAAUGUUUGUAUGCCUUCACUACAAGGGGGGCGAAUAAUUUUGGUGUUGGAGGAUGAUCCUGCUCCUCAAAGGAACAAGGUUCGGGAGGUCGUAAAAAUGAUGGAGAUGGAGCUUGGAGAUGAAUGGAUAUUUCAUAAGCACUGUAAGGUGUAUCUCUUUGUUGACUCUCAAAGAAUUACCGGUUGUCUAGUUGCAGAACCAAUAAAGAAGGCCUAUAAGGCUCUCUCAAGCUCAAUGGAUGGAAAACCCGAAUGUAUUGUUACAAAGGAAUCAAAACCAAAUUCAACCACCCUUCAAUUCGGUGAAGUGAUUUUUCAGAGAGAAGUAAUAAGAACCUCUUCUGCUACUAGUUCUGAGGUGUUGGAAGGGAACCUAAAUGGAGCAAUACUCUGUGAAGAGGAAGGUGUCCCCGCUCUCUGUGGCAUCAGAGCCAUUUGGGUCAGUCCCUCUAACAGAAGAAAACGCAUUGCAAGCCAUUUACUUGAUGCAACAAGGAGAACUUUCUGCAUGGGAGUCGUCCUCGAACGCUCUCAGUUAGCAUUUUCACAGCCAACCUCAGCUGGAAAGUCAUUGGCGACUAGUUACAUCGGCACUGCCUCAUUCUUGGUGUACAAAACCACUGAUUUGGAUUGCUAGGCCACAUUUACCCAAAUCAUACAUAAAAUUACAAGCUCCAACCAUUAAUGAAUCAAUCUCUUUUUUAAACUUCCAUGCUAUGUUCUAUGGAUCCAUUUGAACCAAAAUGUUGCAUAAUGAAAAUGAACAGGGUGUUUGUCCUAUUCAUUGCUGUCAAGGUUCAGCCUUCUUUUGCCAGAGUUCACUUGUUUAGUACAGUUUCAACAAACUAAAAUAUGAUAAUCAAACAACAGAAGUUAAAAGCAUUCUUUUCAUUGCUUUUCAAUAA